AUGAAGAGCAACAGCGCAGCUUGGUUUUUGCCAUUGACUAGGGUAUCUACUGCGUUACGCGCUACUUCCAUGCGAGAUUUCACUUCUGGCGCUGCACUUGUCCACAAAGUUUCCGAAUCUGCUAUUCUUAUCGCACAUGAUUGCUCCGUGAAAGUAUUGACUUAUAAGGAAGAACAGUUAAAAGUUUUUACAAACGGUAAACGUAAGGAUGUGAUCGGGUUUUCGUCGCGACGUAGUGCAAAGAAGGCAAUAGAAAAGAUGAGCGGAAAACAAAUCGACGGUCAAACUGUGCAGGUGGCUGCAGCUGAAAAAGAAGAAUCUAAAUCAGAGUCGACGAAAGAGAAAGCAGAUCACCCGUCCGAAGAGAGAAGCAUUUCGCGUUCAAAAUCGCCUUCGUCUGCAUCAGAGGAAAAGGACAAGCAUGAAACCAAACAGUCUGAUGAAAGUGAUAAAAAGUCUGAUGUACAAGAAGAUAAACAAUCAUCGGAAAAUGGCGAUGCAGCACAUCCGGAAACAAAUGGCACUAGUCGUAAAAGGUUAGGGAACGACGACGACCGAAAUGAGGAUGAGGAGGAUGCAGGUGAUGAACCAGAAGUAAAGAAAAAGAAGCAAGAACAUAAAGAAGAUGCCGGAGAGUAUGUUGUUAUUCUUAUUUUACAACUGUUGAUUAAACUUGUUUUGGACGGGUGCUUAAUUGGGAUUUUAAAAAGUGCGCGCCGCGGUUGGGAUUGCAGUGUUUUGAGGUUUUUGGAAAAAGGGAGGAGGCGGGCUAUGUUAGUUGUGGGAGGGAUGUCUGCAUGUUUGGCGCUUUCGGGCGGGGCGUUUGAGUGGUUGGAAAAACUUGUUCUGGCGUUGCAUCAAACUUGGUCGUGGGGGGGGGGGGUUAUGUUUCGUGGCACGGGCAUUUGUGGUUUUCGUUUUGCUUGUGGAGCGGGUGUGUGUAGCGGCUUUGUUACCAUUUUUUGCAGUGGACAAGGACGUUUUGGUGACAUGUGUUUGCUGUUGGGCGCGGAGUGGCCGACCAUUGGCGAAGUCAUGACAGAUUUUGGUGGUGGACGACUCGGGCACCUUAUGGUCUUUGAGGGUUGCGGCUUUAACGGUGCUGUUGUGAGUGGUCGGUUGCUGCUACCGGAAAGUUUGGAACUUUUUCGUACGGGGAAGAUUUUGAAAACCGGAAUGAUGGAUGAGUUUAUAUCAGUUCGAGCAAUGGUCAAGAUUUGGCCAUUUGCUGCAACUGGUGUCGGACUCACUUAA